AGCAACAGAGCGAAGCUUGCCAACACGCAGCCAUUGCCUCAAAAUUCCCUUUGAAAUUUUCAAAAAGAUGGCUGAUUUUGGGGAUGAUACUGGGGCCAGGGCCUUGUUAGCGCUGAAGUCUGCACCCUGUAGUCCCGUGAGAGUGGCGAUUCCUCCAGUGUACACGCUGUCUUCGAACACGACAGGGAUCCCAUCCAUGCCGCUCUCACCUCCAUCUCGGGCCCUUGCACGCUUGGAAGGCAGGGACUUCGAGUUCGUAAUGCGCCAGAGGACAGUGACCGUGGGCCGCAAUUCCUCGCAUGGUUCCGUUGAUGUCAACAUGGGCCACUCCAGUUUCAUAUCAAGACGGCAUCUGCAGAUCACUUUCGAAGAACCUAAUUUUUACCUACGUUGUCUCGGGAAGAAUGGAGUGUUUGUCGAUGGUGUAUUCCAGAGGAGAGGCGCGCCACCACUUCUGUUACCAAAGGAGUGCACAUUUCGAUUUCCAAGCACAGUUAUUAAGAUUCAGUUUACCUCACUAUACCAUAAGGAGGAUCUGAAAGAGGAAUCACCAGUGUCGCCCAUUAGGCCCCUCUACCCCCAGAUCUCUCCUCUGAAAAUCAACAUUCCGGAAAACGACUACAGAACCAUGAUGAGUCCCCUCCCAUCGCCAACGGGAACCAUCAGUGUUCCCAAUUCAUGUCCAGCAAGUCCUCGAGGUGCGGGCUCUUCGGGGUACCGCUUCGGGCGGAAUAUCACCUCUGACCUCCAGCUAGCCGCGGAAUAUGCAGCCAAGGCCGUCUCCGAACAGCAACAGACUGAGACCUCAGGGGGGGACAGCCCAAAGGACGAGUCAAAGCCUCCAUACUCAUACGCCCAGCUGAUUGUUCAGGCCAUUUCGUCAGCUCCAGACAGACAGCUAACACUAAGUGGCAUUUACGCCCACAUCACCAAGCAUUACCCCUACUACAGAACUGCCGACAAGGGCUGGCAGAAUUCCAUUAGACACAACCUGUCAUUGAACCGCUAUUUCAUCAAAGUACCGCGCUCUCAGGAGGAGCCGGGGAAGGGCUCGUUUUGGAGAGUGGAUCCCUCCUCUGAGGCCAAGCUGGUGGAGCAGGCUUUCCGAAAACGCAGGCAGAGAGGCGUGUCCUGCUUCCGCACCCCCUUCGGCCCCCUCUCCUCCAGGAGUGCUCCAGCUUCACCCACUCAUUCUGGCCUGUUGUCUCCACACUCGAGUGGCCUGCAGACGCCGGAGUGUUUGUCUCGAGAAGGUUCUCCUGUUUCUCAUGAGCACGACUUCAGCUCCAAACUGGCUUCUGUGCCUGAAUACAGAUACUCACAGAGUGCUCCAGGUUCACCAGUGAGCGCUCAGCCAGUCAUCGUGGCUGUGCCACCGCAACCCACAGGCGGGGUCCCCAAACCCGUGGCGUAUAUGCCAGCCUCCAUCAUCACCUCCCAGCCGCCCGCGGGCCAGGCCAUCCAUGUUGUCCAGCAGGCUCCAGCUGUCACCAUGGUCCGUGUAGUGACCACCUCUGCCAGCUCUCCCAACGGCUACAUCCUAGCCAAUGCCAGUCAGGCAGUAGGCCAGCAGGGAGCAGGAGAGAGCUCAGGAGAUCACAGAGGCUCUGCAGAAGAGCCGAUCGCGGUUAGCCACGCCCCCGUGUCUGUGGCCAGCCGGGUCAUCCAGUCUGUCGGGAGUCAUAUAAGCCCAGCCAGCAGAGGGCAGCAGAGCUUUACCAUUGUGCAGCAGGGACCCGUAGCUCUGGGCCAGCACCAGCUCCCUGUUCAGCCCAUCACUCAAAAUGGAAAGCAUGCCCUGCCUGCCACAAGCACCUCACCUAAUGCCUAUGCUCUCACCAACCCUCUUCAGAUUUUGGCUGCUCAGGCGUCUACCUCUCCCCCAGUGCUUGUGAACAGGCCCGCGAGUACGGAGAACGAGGGAAGCGAACUGCCCGAGCCUGAUGCCAAGCGACCCAAGAUGGACGAAGACGGCGUAGCUCCGGUCCCUCAAGCCGUGAUUGUUGCGGUGAACCAGGAGCAAAGCGACUGAACGAGUGAGUCUAGGAACAGAUACGAGAUUACGUGCUGAAAGCAUGUCCCACAAGAGUUAUAAACCCAAGGUGCCAAACCAGGUUGGGUUUUUUUUUUGUUUCUUUUCGUUUCGUUUCGUUUCGUUUUGUAUUUGUUCUUCAAUGAACUUUCAAUGUAUGUGAGAGAACAAGUCCAGCAGUGGCAGUCGAUUAUCAAAAGAAGGGGUUUAAAUGUUGCGAGUGUGUUUUUUUUUUUUUUGGGAGUCUUUAAGCUUCAAAUGCAUUUAUCAUCCAUUAAGCCUUAAAGAAAUUGACAUGAUCAUGCUCUUUUUUUUCUGUUGAGGGAGAGAGUUGAAAAUGGUCCCACAAAGACAUGCUAUUGUGAUGAUAUGUGUUUAUUUUCUCCAGAAAUGUUAGAAAGACACGCUUCAGCAACCUAGUUCCUCACCAGGUACCAUUGAAAAUAGUACUAAUUUUUUGGGUUGGGGUGGGACCAAAACCGACGCAGCUAUUUCUGUCUGUGGGGACGCGAGUCUCUCAGAGUUAAAGCAUUAUGUAUUUGAAGUCACGGGAAUCUGGAAGUUUCCGCGGCUUCCUGUGCUGCCAUUUUAAGGAUGUAUUUAUCUGUCUGUGCUUAAGAAAAGAAAAAAAAAUCUGCUUUGUAAACGCUGUCUCUACUGAAAUUAGAUUGUUACAACUAAAAGCACAUAAAUUCAAGACGUGAGAAAAUUAAUAUGUAGGUAGAGGCCUUUAUCUCCAGCUGGAGCUCUUUAAUGUGGUAGCAUAGAGUAUUUUUCUAGAAAGGAGAUGACUAUGACAGAACUAUUAUUAAGAGUAAAGAAAUUGUCUAGAAAAUGUUGGCAUUUUUUUGAAUUGUUUAGAGUAAGGUUAAAAAUCAAGUUAAAUGAAUGUACCUUUUUAUCUCAUUUACUAUGGCUGAUGGCUCCCCUUCACGACCUAAACGUUUGAAUGUUAAGGAAAUUAGCACAUGAUACAGAUAAUGUUGGUAGCUGUCUAAAAAAAAAAAACCCCAAAAACUUAAAACUGUAAGAGUUAGUAUCGUGUGUAUAAAAUGUAGCACACAUACAGUAUGUGACUGUUUAGCUCCUGCUUGCUUAGUUAUACUAUGCCUUCUGAAUUUUCUUCCUUCAAUAAAAAGAAAAAAAAGUAAAAAAAAAAAAAAAAAGAAAAAAUAGAAAUUCCUUUAACAAAUGACACUUAAGCCACAUGAGGUUGGAAAUCCUGAAAUAUCCGAUUAUAUAAGGGGCCAUGAAAGCCAAAUAUUUAGCGUGGGGUUUUUUUGUUUGUUUUGUUUUUUUUUCCUGUUUUGAAGACCUUGGAAUGUAAACUUUAGCGUUAAUCCGAGAUGCCGGCUUUGGAAAGCCCUGACACCCUUUUAUCGCUAACGGUGGAAGGAGCGAAACAAAAUGAAUGUUCAACACACUUUUGUUUUUCUAGGAAUGUUCUCAAGACUUUGCUAUUAUUUUUUCUGACUUUUAAAUAGCUAGUUUUGGUAAUAUCCAUGAAGUAUUAAACAAUUUUUAAGGAAACUUAAUAUUUUUUACAAAAAAGAAAAGUAUAUAUUGUUAAAAUUUAUGGAGAAAUAUUUUUCAGGACAAUCACUAACAGGACUCAGUUUCCACUCUCAAGCAUAUAUUCUUUUUUUUUUUUUUUUUGUACAAAAGACUUUCUCACAAGGUGAAUAAAAGUGAACUCUGGUAGGCCUACAAUCCAGCACCUUUGUCCUCUGCCUACCAGACCAGCUGUGUGUCUCUUAAUUUCCAGCUUGGAUUCCAGACGAUAAGAUGCAGUUUCACUACCUAACAGAAAACAACAUGAAAGUGCUGUAGCUCGUUUAGACUGGCCUGACCAUCGAGUUCAGUUUGAAAAGAUGAAAUGAGUAUUCUGUGCUCGUGCCUUGGUGUUCCGUUCGGUUGAAUACAGUCAUUGAGAACUGAACAGAAGACCAGUGUGUAAUUCUAGGAUGAUUGUCUUUUACCACUUACCUGUGAGGAUUAGUGUCUUUCAAAAGACAUCAUUUGAGUGAGUACUUCAUUCUCUUUAACAGGUGAACUCAAAAACCCCAGAAUAUUUCUGGUUAAAUUCUGGUUAGCUCAGGAAGAGUGAUUCACAGUUGAAGCAUGGCUCUGCCUUCAAAAAGCUAACACCGUACUUCUCCAUGUACCUGACCACGACGUAUCUUUCUCUCUUCUUUACCAACAGUCAAAAAGGAGACAAAUCCAUAAAACAGAUAAAGCGCAUGGAAGUGGCACAGUACCAUCUGCUUUAGGCGAUUCAUUAAUAAGAGCAUAAAAGCGAUGUACUCUUAUCCGUACCCAUUUCGAGAUGGGAUAUCACAUUUUACAUUCACUUUUUUUUUUUUUUUUGUUCUUUGAAAAGUUCAACGAACUUGGAAUGUUGUACACAUUUACAUAUACUGAAUAUAACCCCAUGUAAGCACUGCAGCCAGCGAUUGUGAAGCAGGAUGCGAGGGGGGACAGUUCGCGUGGUAUUACUGCCUCCGCUUUCCAUUCAUUUAGAAAAUUCUUUAAAAUUCUCUGUAGGGUUAACACUCAUCCACCAGCAAGCACCUGCAUUACAAAUUCUGUAAGAAGGGUAGAUGCAGUGUAAUUUUAUAAUGAAAGGAAUGUUUGUUGUUGUUGUUGUUGUUGUUGUUUUUUUUGGGGGGGGGGUGCUUUUUUGUUUUGUUUUGUUUUUUUGUUUGUUUGUAUGGUUUUUUGCUUUUUAUCUAUUUUGCUGAUGUACAUUUCCACUGAAGUGGCAACAUAGAACAUUUAAAAAAAAAAACCAAACUUAAAACCUUGUGCUGUAUCUUGGAACCACUGAAACAGUUUGAUUACUCUGGCUUAAUACGUCUGGAAAGGCAAUUGGAGAUCAGCUGGCAGCUUAACUGAAGCUAAUGUUUUGGGGUAAAUUUUGAGCCAUUACUUCUUGUAAGCUGUUACUUCUUACAAAACUGAAGUAGGAUGAAAAACAAAAACAAAACAUGACAGUUGGCCACAAAAGUCAAGUUGCUGCUCCCACCAAACUGAUUCAGACGCUAAAUAUUCUGUGCAGGUUUGAUUGGCACACAAAUCCUUGGAUAAAACAAUAUAUCGCAACAGCCAGAAGACUCCACCCAGCAAUCAGUCACCACAGAGUAUUUUAAUGGAUAAGCAAUUCAUUUGUUGUGUCUCCUGUGUAUGUCUACGGUUGUUUUCAAAAUAUAAGAAGCAAGUGUUAAUACGCUAUCAGUUCUAAUUUAAAAUCAUGUAAUAUAAAAAAAAAAUGCUGAUUUUCUUUCACAGUUCUCCUAAUAUGUAAUAGCAUCAUUUAUUUUCAGUAUAGUCUCUCUCUUGUUAUAAUAGCUUCAGGAAGAGCUCUGUUCUCUGUUGUAUGUCUGUGUAUAAAGCCCCCCCCCCCCCCCUUUCACUCAUUGAUGUUCUGUCCUACACAGCUGAAACAUGAUCUGAAGAUCCUCAGUUGACCUGUUGUUGAAUUUAUUUCAUGGAACUUAGAAAGAAAGAAGGUUAUGAGUCUGGAAAUGUUUGUCACAAGUCUAAUUUUACAUACCCCCCCCCCCUUCUCCUUUGUACUUGAUGUUGCCUUUCAACUUAAAAGGACAUAAAAAAGUUUCUUGGACUCUCACUCUCUCUGACAUGCAGUUUAUGUCUCAUCAACGUUGCAGACGUUUGGAAGUCAUGUGACAAUAAAUAUUUUUAAAAAAAAAAUUCUGCUACCAUUUCUGUUACCAGCAAUGUGUUUCAAUAUUUUGAACAACCAUCCAGAAUCCCAGCCCCCUCAUCCCUUUUAAUUUCUUUUUCUUCUCCUUGUUCUUCUUCUUCUUCUUCUUUUUGUUCCCUUUAUUUUUACGUCAGGUAUUUUCUGUCUGGAUGUUCUUAUUUAAACAAAGGGCUCCAUGUUCUGGGUUGACCUUUUAUUUCGAUUGCUUUAGCACCAUAUUUUCCACAAAAAAAACGAGUGUGGUGAUGCUUCAUCAGGUCUCUUACAGUUAACCGUUGGAUAUUCUAAUUGUGAAUGCAAACAGCUGAAACAUAUGACUCAUGACUCUUCUCAGCUGCCGACUGCUUGCAUUUUUCUCCGUUAGGAUCUGUGACUUUUUUUUCUAUUCUGACCUGUUCAUAUCAUGACACUCAUUAGUUUUCUAAAGUGUUAAUAAAACUGAUGGAUGAUUUUAUGUUGUGCUGAUGUAAUGGCAAUAAAUGAGGAGUAGAAUGAUUGAAUCAGAAUAAACGUUGGUAUCUGCGAAUA